AAAAAGCCCAUUUUUUCUUAGUUCAUUGCUAAUAUGCCACGAGUGCUGUUAUCACAACGUGUUUUCUCAUUCUAUCCGGGAUUACAACCGCGCAUCAUUACCUAAAUCAGUGUGCAAUUUUUUAAGUGCUUAAUUCGCAAUUUUUAGCUAAUUUUGUCUUAUUUGAAGGGAUUUUACUCAUAAUGCCAAGGGCAAGUUUUUUUGGAUCAUUUACUAAUAUGUGUUAAUUUAAAAUAACGACAAGAAUUUGAAUAUUCUGUAUCCGUUUUCAAAAUAGGCUUCUUUAAGUUGCCUUUUUCGACACAUCGGAGUGAUGUGAGUGCGUCCUAAAAAUGAGCGCAGAAACAAACUUUCUAUCAAUUGAAGGAGCUUCCAAGGAAAAUUUCAAAGAUGUGAAGUGAUAUAGUGAUUGGAAACGCUUUGCUCAAACGUGCUCAAAAGUUCAACUCCUAAGUGCUUCAGAGUUUUAUUUGAGCUUUGGAAUGUUUUACACUUGAAAGUCGAGCGGAAGUUUGAUUUAUAGUGAUUAUAACACAAGAGAACUCGAACCGUUCUUGCAGAAAUGAAUGACAGAAACCGAUGGCGUUCGAUUUUCUUAUUCUAUUUCCAUUUUCAUUUCUCGUUUUCGUCUCAAUUUUUGUGAAAUUGGAUAUCGCAGACGGAUAUUUGUCGACGGGAAAGUGUGUGUCGGGAAUUCCCGGAAAACAUAAAAAACUGCGAAAAUCUGUCUCUUAAUCGCUUUAAGCGAUAUUUCAAUGAUCGCCAACUUGUAUACUCGUGAUGGAAUUGUGUUAUGAAGACGUUACUGCACGACUGAACUGAAUGGCAAAUUUAUGAAGGUGUAAAAUUAUGGACGGGGAUCAUUGGCACCACCACACUCACCUCCAUACGGGAGCCCUUUAUCACGAAGGGGAGGACCCUGGACCCAGCGGGCACCUUCCUGAGGAAUACAUCCAUCCGAAUGAGCUGCUGGUGUCGGGGCAGCCCGGGAGCUCGGUGUCCCCUCCGGCGGGCGCAGGUGCCGGGAGUGGUGUAUCCACGGGGGCGGUGUCCCCCUCGGGCUCGGCCAGCAACUCCUGUUGCGAGAAUGGGCGCCCCAUCAUGACCGACCCCGUCUCCGGGCAAACCGUCUGCUCGUGUCAACUAGCUCUUCCUUCCUACCCCAGGCUCUCCGCCUCCACGCCCGCUGUUUACGGCACCCCGUACCCCUCCACGGAUCAAAACCCCUACCCUAGUAUAGAUAGUUCUGCCUUUUAUUCGCCUUUGAGUAAUCCUUACGCUUUAAAAGAUGGUAAUGCCCCUGGCGACAUGGGAGCGUGGACCAGCGCUGGCCUUCAACCUUCAACAGGGUACUACCCUUACGACCCAACGUUAGCUGCCUACGGUUACGGUGCGGGCUACGACCUCGCCGCGCGGCGGAAGAACGCAACCCGGGAGUCAACGGCGACGCUAAAGGCGUGGCUCAACGAGCACAAGAAGAACCCGUACCCGACGAAGGGGGAGAAGAUCAUGCUGGCCAUCAUCACCAAGAUGACGUUGACGCAGGUCUCCACGUGGUUCGCCAACGCCCGGCGGCGGCUCAAGAAGGAGAACAAAAUGACCUGGGAGCCCAAGAACAAAACCGACGACGAUGAUGACGCCGUCCUCUCCGACUCGGACGAGAAAGAAAAGGAUGAUCUCCUGCUCGACGAUGAGAAACGGAAAGACUCGAUGCUGCACGUGAAAUCGGAGCACCACCACCUGGAAGAGGAAGAGGACUUGGAGGAUGAGCGGAAAUCGAACGAGGUGAUGAUGGGGAGCCACAACCCGCACCACCUCCACCACCACCCGCACCACAUGCUCCACCCGCACAUGAUGGUCAAGGAGGAGAUGAGCAAAGGCGACUGCGGGAUCCCGAUCCCGCCGACGAAGCCGAAAAUCUGGUCACUGGCCGACACGGCCGCCUGCAAGACGCCGCCCCCGGCCCAGCAGCAGCCGCCCUGGUGCAGCGGGCCCCAGGGCCCCGGCGGCUCCGGCAUGAACGGUUUCGCCCUCCCCUCGGCCAGCAUGUCCCCCUCGACGGGCGGCGCCCCUUCGGUCCCCGUCUCCACCUCCCCCUACUCUAGGUACGGCUGCUUCUUAGACAGGUAUCCCAGUAGCCACGGGCCCUCCGGGACGGGGUUCCCAGACGUCCAGACCGACACCCCUCCCCAGACGCCACCAAAUAUGAAACUACCUAUUAUCUCAAAUAACAAUAAUUCUAAUACUAGUAAUAAUAAUUCGUGCCUAAGCCAUCAGUCACCCACGCAGGCUGGCUAUAGUAGUAGUAGUGUCAAUUCGCAACCGACGCCGCAGCAGCAGCAACCCGGGAGCUAUUCCAGCUACGGGCCCAGGCUACACCCGCAGCAGUCCCAGUCGCCGAAGAAGGAGCGGACCGAGCUGGCCGGCCCCCCCGGCCCCGGGAUUUACCACCAGCAACAAAUCCCCCCCUCGGGGCCGCCGCCCCCCACCGCCACCCAGUCCCCCAACGAGUCCACCGCAUUCAAACCCUUUUACAAGAGUCCACAAUCAAUGAAUGGCGGAUACGUCUCUCCAGUUUAGUCUAAGUGUUAGCCCGUAUAAUCGAAUGGCUGCAAAGACAACGAAAUUCGUGCACCAAGGAAAAUAAUUUUGAGUUUGUUUGAACUUGAUAUCAAGGCGUUACAAUCAGCAACUUCUUAUUAUUAGUUAAUUGGUUCUACCGGAACGGAUACCAAGCUUGAAGAAUCCAGCCGAGUUAGACACACUUCAGCAAGAUACGACCCAUGAAAACUAUCAAAGAAUCAAGAUAUAGAGCCUCAAAUGGAAGUAAAUUUCAUCGAGUGAUUGAAUUUGAAAUGUCAAGAUUUUAGGGAACAUACUUAUUACUUUAAUUUUUAAGUAUGAAUAUGAAUGAGAAGGAAAACUAAAUAAUAUCGCACGCACGGAAUGACGUAUUCUUAAAAUUUCUGGUCAUUGUGUGGCUUGCUUUGAAUAUGGUUUUGUAGUCAUUAUUGUAAUUUUAAAAUUAUUGAGAAACGAAAGCGUAAUAGCUGAACAAUAAUUGAUUUAGGGCCAUGCAAAUCAAACAACUUGAAAAAUCUCUAAAACUUUGUGUUAAACAUGCUUCUGACUCCAUCGAUCCGAGUAAUAUCAAUCAAUGAGAAAAAGGUCAUCUGUUCAGCGUAGGUAAUUAUAACCACAGGUGUGCACCUUUAUUUCGUAGGUCAGAUCUGCACAUCAUUCGAUCAUAUUAGUGCAAUAUUUCAAUCAAUAUGGUCAUGAUGAAGGAGGAUAUGACUUUGAUGUACACACGAUUGUAAAACUAUCAGAAAAUAGGAAUACUGGGGGUGUGCAAAACUCUAUCGAUUGAGGAAACAAUUCUCAUUGAUUGUAUCAAAAAUUUAUCAUAGGAGGCUGUAAAAUAAAAUCCGAGAUUUGUGUGUUUGAGAAUCACACCUAUGUACAUGAUUCUCAGAUUUUUCCCGAGUCCAUCAACAUUAAGUUAAUUUUCGUUUGAGUAAAGAAAACCAAUGAAUAAAAUCAACAAAUGUCAUCGCUAAUUCAUGAAAAUGUGAGUAAAAUUCAGUUUAACGACUAAUGGCCGUUAUUUUACCAGAAUCUCAUGGUGUUUUGCUGUUUUGUGACGAUCUAUAUCUAUUUUACAAUCUUGCCUGUCUUAAUUUGGGUCCAUACAUAACUUGGAGAUUUCAGCUCAUCCUAUAACAAAAAUCGCUUUUCCACUCAAAAUUGUGUCCAAAAUACACAACAUGACGUAUCAAAACUUCAUCUUUGAAAUGAGAAAGCAAAAGGUUGAGAGAUUUGCCAAUGACAAGAUCUUCUAAUUCAGAAAAAGUAAACUUUGUUUCGUGUUCAAUAUAUUUUGCAAUGGUAAAAUAUACGUACAUAUCUUUUAAAAUAGGGACGUGGAGGAAACCUACUCGUUGAUAAUUUUAGGGUUUGGAGCUGAUGCGUAUGAAAUCUCUCUAAGGCACGCGACCAGACUUUGAUGCUAUUGCCUAAAUCACCACUGUUCCUACUUAGUGGCUAUGAAUGUUGCAUACAAGGUAACAUGAAGGCGCUGUUACAGGGGCCGUCCUAGGUUCCCAAUAAUAUGAAAUUGCUCUGAUGAGUAACACGGAGUAGAAGACCACGAUGCAAGGGCGGUAAGGGACCGGCUUCAGCACCCCUCUUGUUUCGGCGUCCAGUGCAGUGGCACUGCUUGCACUACCCUAAAACCACCGCUGGAGUUAUUAAUAAAGCCUUUCUAUUAUCAAAUUAACAAAUCAUCGGGUCUCAACACGUAGUUUUCGCUCCUGUGUAAAGUGUCCUGCUCCAGCCUCAGCGAGAGUCACAUCUGUUCCCUAAUUAAAUUGAACUAUCAGUUACUGCAAUAUGUUACCCUUGCGAGGCUCUGCUCCCUUCUUCCACCCUUAAAAAACUUCAUCUUUUAAUUUUCAUCAACGCCUUGGCCUCCAACCCUUUAUUUCCGCGUUUUGCGCCUUCCCUAUGUGGAUGCAAUAUCGUCAGUGCAAAAUGCGGAUCUACGGAAUUAAUUUUAAUUUAUAUUACGCUGGGUGUCAUGGAUAUGUAAAUUGCAAGCAAUUUAAACUCUUUUCUUUGUAACAAUUUUAUUUGAAAUAUUAGGGAAUUUUAUUCUCAUCGAUUGUAUACUCUAUAUGAAUGGCACUGUAAGUUAUUAUUUGAAUUAUGUUGCAAACUUUUUCCUCAAUUUCUCUCAACUUUAUGGGACUCCAUAAAUAUUUCUAACCAUUUUGGUCAAGAGUAUUUUAUUGUAACCCAACAUUUUUAUCUCAUAGAAUCGUUGUCAAGUUUAUUGUAUCAAAGAUGUCUCGUUCUGCAAAGUAUAUAGUUCAAAUUCAUUCAGUUAAACAUUAAAUUCCUCUCUACGUGGCAUUAGGGGAAAAAGGCAAACUUUCUCUCUCAACAAUCUUAAGCACAGUUCCUAAGACGAUAAAAUUACGAGCUUUGUAGCUUUUCAGUGUGUUCAAAAAGUGUUGGAAAAAUAGAUACAUGGAAACACAACAAAAUUCUUAAGUAGAUUAUGAUGAGAAAAUGUCCCGUUAUUUGUUUCAACUACUAUUCUUUUUGUGAUGGUUAGCGUGACAUUUUUUAUAAAUAUUUCAAAGGGCAAUUCCUUUCGGUGAAUUGUGUGGAAUAUGUUGCGUAUAUUCAUUUCGCUAUUUUUUUCAACUUUCCACUUUUAUGCAUUUAUUUUCUGGUCACAUACGUGUUCAAGAAAAUACCAGUUGAGGUCAAAUAUUUUAAUUUUUUUUUUACAAUAUUGGAAAAAUCUGAAAAGUUCUCAAGAAUGGACAUAGAGCGUAUACAAAAUGAUACCCGAUCAGAAAUUCGAAAUGAAUGAGCUUUUAUCUUCAGGUAUAUUGAAAGUAUCAAAAAAUAUCCACCAUUCAAUGAACUCAUUUAUUCAUUAAGUAACAAGGUGGUUAUUCGUUAGGUUAGAUUAUUUAUUAUGUAAACGUUUUUUUUUUUUUCAACUAAAUUUUUGAUGCCAAUCAAACAUACUCAAAAUGUCUUAUUUACUUGGGGGCAAUAUGUUUUUUGAAAUGAGAUAACAGAGAAUACGGAGAGGUCAGAAAAUUAAUUGAAACA